AGCAUAUGGGGUCCUUUUCCACGUUGUCAGAAUGAAACUUGUAUUGACCGUCCUUUGCAGUUAGAAUGUGGCUAACAGUUUAUUGAACACAAUGUGGCAUGUAUAUUAUCGAAACAAACUCUUAUAGGGAUAAAAUAUUAGAAUAGUAGAUCUGAGCUGUCGAUCAUUUAUUUAAUAAGUUAUGUCUUUAAAGCGAUGCCUGUUUCUGCUGUCUCGGUCUCCACACCGGGCAAACUGUCUCCGGAGCACCGUUGCUGUGCUCGCUAAGGGCAGCGCAGGGGCUUCGGCUGUACAGCGACAGUGCACCGGGGCUUCUGGCUUCAUCUGCAGAAAUGCGUCUUCAAGCAGCGCCUCCAAACCUCCAGAUACUUCUCUCUUUGUACCACUACACGUAAAAGCUACCCACAACAACGGAGAAGGAGCCAUCGGAGAGGAGCUCACCCAGCCGCUAGAUAAAAGUGAAGUGCUUAAGGUUUUAAACAGAUUCUACAAAAGGAAGGAAAUGCAGAGACUUGCUGCAGAGAAUGGUUUAGAUGCUCGCCUCUUCCAUCAAGCAUUUAUCAGCUUUAGAAAAUAUGUUCUUGAAUCGGAUGCGCUUGGAGCCGACUUGCAUAUCAUUUUAAAUGAUUUCUGCUGUGGCGCUGGUCAUGUCGAUGAUCUUUACCCCUAUUUCAUGAGACAUGCCAAGCUGAUCUUCCCAAUGCUGGACUGCAUGGAGGACCUCCGUAAAAUCAGUGACCUGCGAGUGCCAGCUAAUUGGUAUCCAGAAGCCAGAGCUAUUCAGAGGAAGAUCAUUUUUCAUGCCGGUCCCACAAACAGUGGGAAAACGCACCACGCUAUCCAGAGAUAUUUAACAGCCAAGUCCGGCGUGUAUUGUGGUCCCCUGAAGCUGCUUGCACAUGAGAUCUUUGAAAAGAGUAACAAUGCUAAUGUGCCUUGUGACUUGGUGACAGGAGAGGAGCGAACCCUCGUCAGCCCAGAAGGAAAGCAGUCCAAUCACGUUGCUUGUACAAUAGAAAUGUGCAGCGUCACCACUCCAUAUGAAGUCGCUGUUAUCGAUGAAAUCCAAAUGAUCAGAGAUCUUUCCAGAGGGUGGGCUUGGACAAGAGCACUUUUAGGGUUGUGUGCUGAAGAGAUUCACGUAUGCGGGGAAGCUGCUGCCAUUGACUUUGUUACAGAGCUCAUGUACUCUACAGGGGAGGAAGUGGAGAUUAGAAACUACAAGAGGCUGACGUCCAUGUCUGUGCUGGACCACGCAGUCGAGUCCCUCGAUAACCUGCACCCCGGAGACUGCAUUGUGUGCUUCAAUAAGAACGACAUUUACUCCAUCAGCAGGCAGAUUGAGGCCAGGGGCUUGGAGUGUGCAGUCAUAUAUGGCAGUCUACCUCCUGGUACCAAAUUAGCUCAAGCAAAGAAAUUCAAUGACCCAGAUGACCCGUGCAAGAUUCUCGUUGCUACUGAUGCUAUAGGAAUGGGAUUGAAUCUGAGUAUCAAGCGCAUCAUCUUCAACUCUCUGGUGAAGCCCACUGUGAAUGAGAAGGGAGAGAAGGAAAUGGACACCAUCACCACCUCGCAGGCGCUGCAGAUUGCAGGCAGGGCCGGCCGCUUCAGCUCCAUAUUCAAGGAGGGCGAGGUGACCACCAUGCACCGCGACGACCUGCCUGUGCUCAAAGAGAUCCUCGGCCGCACUGUUGACACCAUUGAGACAGCAGGCCUGCACCCCACUGCUGAGCAGAUUGAAAUGUUUGCCUACCAUCUGCCAGACGCUACUCUAUCAAAUCUGAUUGAUAUCUUUGUGAGCUUGUCACAAGUGGAUGGUCUCUACUUCGUCUGCAACAUUGAUGACUUUAAAUUCCUAGCAGACAUGAUCCAGCACAUCCCUUUGAACCUGAGAGCCAGAUAUGUGUUCUGCACCGCACCGAUCAACAGGAAGCAGCCCUUCGUUUGCACUUCGUUUUUAAAGUUUGCCAGGCAGUUCAGUCGAGACGAGCCCUUGACCUUUGACUGGGUGUGCCGGCAUGUCCGCUGGCCGCUGGUGGCCCCCCGGAACAUCAAGGACCUGGUGCACCUGGAGGCUGUUCACCUCACACUGGACCUCUACCUCUGGUUAAGCUACCGGUUUAUGGACAUGUUCCCGGACGCAAACCUUAUCCGUGACAUCCAGAAAGAGCUGGACAACAUAAUUCAGGAAGGAGUGCGCAACAUCACCCGGCUGAUCAGAGCAUCUGAAACAAACACCUCCUCUGGCACUGGCACAGACGCCAUCCCGGACGACGACAUCCCUCUGCACAGGACCUUCCCAAAGGACAGGGGGCUGAACGCAGAGGACUUGCCUGAGGCCAGACAGCAAAAACAGGGACAAAGGCGAAUCCGUGGCUCCAAAAUGCUGGACUACAGGACACUAGACACUAGGCAAGACGGAUCCCUGAGCUCCAGGCUCGUGCAGGAGGGACUGUUGAGUACAGAUUUGCUGGAGCAGUUGCAGAGGGAGUGGGCUGCUAGCCAGGCCAACGGGAAAGACCCGUGGAAAGAAACUGCAGGGAGUGGUAGAAAAAUCAACUCGAAAGGAAAGAAGAAAAAUAAGUAAAACUGAUUAUUCUUAAUAUAUGAGAUACUUUUUUUUUUAUAUCAUUGAUGUAUGCAUAAUAUUGUAUUCCUUGCCUGUUUUAUGUCCUACUGUGUGUGUUCUUUAUGUUGUUUCUGCUUAGAUACCUUGCUUAAAGAAUGGCCACCAGGGGGCGUGCAGCUGUAUUUUGAGUCCCCUUUGAGGCUAUGAUUUUUUAUAGUGUUUACAUUUAUUAACUCAGUAGUUGCAUAACUUAACAUGGUAGGUUCUGUAAGUUAAUAGACAUAAUAAACAAGGAUGUACUUAGAAAAAAAAAUGAUUGAGAACACUCAUAAUAGGGUAAUAAACAGGUAAGAAGUGAAAUCUUCAGAAAUGUAGAUGGUAUAAACUACCGUAGCUAUUUAAUUGUGAGGAUUUUGUUAACUGUUUUAUUAUAAAAUAAAAUGUACUUUAUUAGCUUUUUUUUUAUAAUCAUGCAAUAUUGCUAACACGAUAAUAAUAUUUGUGAAAGGGUUAAUAAAUUUCAAUGAUUUGUG